AAAAUUGAUGUUAUUUUGUUUCCGCGCGAUUUGUGUUUGUGUAUGUCCCUAUCUUUGUUAUUGUUUGUGUUUCAAUUUAAAAAUUAAUUGUCUUUGUAAUAAAGAUUAUUUAAAAAAAAAAUAAAUGGAUUACUCAGAUAAACAUAAGGCUUUUUUACAAGUCUUUUUGCAAAAUGGGAUUGUUUCUGCUGAUGAUGCUCUUGCAAUAGCAGUGAAAAUAUUUGACAAUAAUACCAGCGUGGCUUCUCAUGCUCUAAUUAUUAAUAUGCAAUUGCAAGUUGUAAAUAUGGCAUUAAAAUCAGUAAAAUGUGAACAUACCGGCGUAGAAUUCUGGGUUCUUGUUAGCACUAUUCUCGAUGAUUCAACCAAAUUUCAACUUGAAUAUACUCAUGCUCAGUUGGAAUUAUUGAGAAAAAUUUAUGCUGAAAUAAUUACUUCUACUAAUAAAUGUAUUUCUGGAACAGAUUGUUUAAAUCUUUGUUCAAAUUUGGAAAAUCGAUUAAGCAAACAUGACGGUGAAAUAUUUUUGAAUGAAAUGGUUGCAAAACAAUGGCUUUAUUGUUCGAAUGGAAUAUUUUAUAUGGGAGCAAGAAGCAUUGGUGAACAAUUGAUUUAUUUUAAAUCCACAUAUGACGAUGCUAUGUUAAAUUGUGUGCUAUGCAAACAAGUGAUAUUUUAUGGACAUACAUGUCAGGAAUGUAAUAAUGUGAUUCACAAUCACUGUCUUCAUAAUUACGCAAAAAUUCAAAAGCCAUUAAAGUGUCCUCAUUGCUCGAAACCUAUGCCUGAUGUAGAAAUUCUUGACGAUACACAAGAUGUUACUAAUGAUGAUAGUAUGGAUGUGAGUCAAAAUGUAAGUCAAGCGAAAAGAAAACGUGGCAGACGUCACUGAUGAAUAGGUAAUCUUCAGUUUAAAAAAAUGAAUAUAAAUGAAAAUUAUAUUCUCUAAAUCAUCAGUAUUUUAAAUAAGGUGUGAAUUAAUCACUUAGAUUUAUCGAGAUGCAUAUGUUUAAUGUUACAAAAGAUGAAUAUGUUUUAUAGCUAGAACGAUAUUAAAGAAUCAUUUAAAUUUUA